UCUGAUCCUGCUAUCACAUACGAAGUACUUAGUAUUUAUUGAUCAUGCAGUUAAAGUUACCCAAUCCAAUGGCCAAGGGCCAGCCGGGGAUCUUACACCAAUAUGCUGAGAGACUAGUGACCUUCGAAUUUACAAGGGGAAAUCAGAGAAAGCCUCACAGUCUUAUCUUUAUCGGGGGAUUAUCAGAUGGACUAUGGACUGUUGAUUACAUGACCGACUUAGUCACAGCGCUGCAGAACAGCGCAUGGUCCGUUUUCUCCCUAGUCCUGUCCUCUUCGUACAAUGGAUGGGGCGUAGGUCGUCUGGGGCAAGAUAUCGACGAGAUUGCACAAUGCGUCCAGUAUGCGCGGGAUUAUAAGAAACAACUCUUUGGACCCGGGAAGGUAGUCAUUAUGGGCCAUUCGACUGGUAGUCAAGACGUGAUGCAUUAUCUAAGCUGUCCGAACCCGAGGCCCAGACAUCCAGUUCUGGAUAAGGACGUUGAACCCAUGGUGAGGCCUCCAGUUGAUGGUGCAAUCAUGCAGGCGCCUGUCUCAGACAGGGAAAGUAUUCUCUACGUUCUAAAUUCCGGCACGGAAAGAGACAGCCCGGAAAAUAUGCAAGAGCUUUACCGUCAAGCCGUCACAGAUGCAAAGAAGAACACUUACGAGGAUGGCAAUAGUGUUGAAACGAUCGUUCCACUUUCAGUGACUGCCAGGAUCGGAUACUCGUCAUCUACGGCUGUCAGUAGUCGCCGGUUUCUGAGUUUGGCUAGCCCCGAUAGUCCUCAAAAGCCGGAUGAGGAUGAUCUGUUCAGCUCGGACCUCAGUGACGCACAACUUCAAAAGACAUUUGGUGUUAUUGGGUCUCGUGGGCUUCUGAGGUCGAGAUUGAUGGUGCUGUACUCAGGAAGAGACCAAUCUGUACCGUCGUGGGUGGACAAGGGGGUUUUAGUAAAACGCUGGUCUACCGUGGCGGGCGAGUUUUGGCACCCGAAGAGUAUGAUUAUCCCCGGUGCUUCACAUGCUCUGAGCGAUGAUGAUCAGGCGGAGCCAAGGCGUAUUUUGGUUGAAAGGGUCACCGAGUAUCUUGAUGAGGUGGCAAAAUGUACUUGAAUCUGUUCUGGGCCUGGAAGUAUACCUAAAUAGCCCAAAGGAUUGUAUGACCUCCAGGGUACUAUAUUUACCCCCCUUACAUAAUUCACCUAAUAGAUUGCCAUACUACGCCUCAUAGAAAAGCGUAUAGUAGCUAGCAAUUAAACCCGUUAGUUGACGUCUUGACUGUUCAGAUGACCUUACAAAGCUCUUGUCAACA